AUGGAUGAUUCACUAUAUGACGAGUUCGGAAACUACCUUGGGCCAGACUUACCUGAGUCGGAUGAGGAGGAGGAGGUUCCUCAACCCAUGCAAGAAGUCGAGGACAACUAUGAGGAUGGUGAAACAGAAGAAACAGGUGUCCCAGGCAUGGAACUUAUGGAGAUAGACGAUAUUCCUCAGACCCAAGUUGUUCUUCAUGAAGAUAAAAAGUAUUAUCCGAGCGCAGAGGAAGUUUAUGGACCCGAAGUCGAGACAUUAGUUCAGGAAGAGGAUACUCAACCUUUGUCUGAGCCAAUCAUUCAACCCAUUAAGAUUAAAAAGUUCCAAAUUCAAGAAAAAGGUCUCCCCGAGACAAGAUUCAAGAAAGAGUUCAUGGUAGACAUGAUGAAUUUUCCUGAAUUGGUUAGAAAUAUCGCCAUAAUUGGUCAUUUACACCACGGCAAAACCUCCUUCGUUGAUAUGUUGGUUAAUGAGACUCAUUCAUCAGUGGCAUGGGACGUGGAUAAACAGGAGCGAUACACGGAUACUCAUACACUUGAGAGAGAUCGAGGUGUCAGCAUCAAGAGCAUGCCAAUGACUCUUGUUUUACAAGACACAAGACCAAAAUCGUAUCUUUUUAACAUAUUAGAUACUCCAGGACAUGUUGACUUCGUGGAUGAAGUUACCGCGGCGCUUCGACUGUCAGAUGGAGCGGUUAUAAUAGUGGACGCUGUUGAAGGGGUUAUGGCUAAUACUGAACGUGUUAUAAAACAU